AUGAAAAAGACCUCUUUAAGAGGCAAGUCCGAAAGGAGGGCUCAGUUAGUGUCUAAGAUAUCUGAGUUUAAACAACAACACUCGAGUUUUGAGCAACAUGGACUGUUACCAAGUAUAAGUCAAGCAACAAAGAAACAGAAACAGCAGGAGAAAAGUGAUAAAUUCAUCACUCAAUUGGUUAAUAAAGUGACAUUUAAUACUAGUGGCGGUAUAAGUAAAUCAUCGUUACGAAGGCAAAAGAGGAAAGCAAAAGAGCAGUUGAAGCCUAAAAUGGAUGAGAUUUUAGAUAACUUACCUAAAACAAGUAAUGACGUAGAAAUAAAAAGUCUUGAUAAUGCCAUGGGAAAUGAUUUUGUUGAAUCAAAUAGAAUCAAUCGUAAUAAGCCAAAUCCGGUUAAGGCAAGUGGAUACAAGCGAAUAAUGAAGGAGGAAAAUAGGAAUUUUAGUAAUGUUUUGAAGAAUCCGCAAUUUAGAGCUUCUCCUUUUGAAGCGUUGAAACUUGCAAUCCAGGAGAAUAGAAAGUAG